AGACACAGUCACAGAUCAGAGGCCACACCAUCAUAGCAGUGGAGCAGGACCAGCUGGGACAGGGUCCUUCUGUGACACCUGCUGCAUCACCAGGCUGGGUGAACGGACUCAAUUGCUAGAACUCACAGAAUAGCAGUAUCAGCACCGAAACCUCACAGGAAAAAUGAAGACAUUUUCUUUCUCUUCUGAGUAACUGAAAUAAAAUCUGGCCUUUGUGAAACCCUGGAAAUACCACGACCCUCAACUAGAAACACCAAUACCAGCUCCUCCGCGAGUUUCCAGCUCCACAACCUAAGACAUCAGAGGCAGCAUUGGUUCCUCACGUAGAGUCCAGCUACGGGACCCUCAUAUUUGAACCGCAGGACCAUCUCAUCCCUGGAUCUCCAGCUGCACCACACUCAAAUUAGAACAACAUCAGCUCCUCCCCAGGUCUCCACCUGCACAGCCCUCGAAUGGGAACGUCAGCUCCUUCCCGGGUCUCCAGCUGCAGGGCCCUAAAACUAGAACAUCAGCUCCCGCCUGGGUCGCCAGCAGCACCACCCUCAAACUGGAACAUCACAUCCCCACGGGUCUCCAGCUGCAGGGCCCUCAAACUGGAACAUCAGCUCCCCACCAGAUCUCCAGCUGCAUGGACCUCAAACUGGAACAUCAGCUCCCCGUCAGGUCUCCAGCUGCACUGCCUGCAAACUGGAACAUGAGCUCCCUACCGGGUCUCCAGCUGCAUGGCCCUCAAACUGGAACAUCAGCUCCCCACCAGAUCUCCAGCUGCACGGCCCUCAAACUGGAAUAUCAGCUCCACCCCGGGGCUCCACGUGCACAGCCCUCAACAUGCAACAUCAGCUCCCCACCAGGUCUCCAGAUGCACGGCCCUCAAACUGGAACAUCAGCUCCCUGCCGGGUCUCCAGAUGCACGGCCUGCAAACUGGAACAUCACCUCCCGUCAGGUCUCCAGCUGCACAGCCCUCAAAAUGGAAUAUCAGCUCCACCCCGGGGCUCCAGGUGCACAGCCCUCAAACUGCAACAUCAGCUCCCAGCCAGGUACCCAGCUGCAUGGCCCUCACACUGCAACAUCAGUUCCCCCCCGGGUCUCCAGCUUCAUGGCCCUCAAACUGGAACAUCAGCUCCCCAACCAGGUCUCCAGCUCCACGGCCCUCAACCUGCAACAUCAGCUCCUCACAGGGUCUCCAGAUGCACGGCCCUCAAACUGGACCAUCGGCUCCCCACCGGGUCUCCAGCUACAUGGCCUUAAACUGGAACAUCAGCUCCCAGGCCCUCAAACAGGAACAUCAGCUCCCCACAGGGUCUCCAGCUGCAUGGCCCUCAAAUUGCAACAUCAGUUCCCUGCUGGGUCUCCAGCUGCACCGCCUCAAACUGCAACAUCAGCUCCCCGCUGGGUCUCCAGCAGCACGGCCCUCAACCUGGAACAUCCGCUCCCCCCAACCCGGGUCUCCAGCUCCACAGCCCUCAACCUGCAACACUGGCUACCCACCAGGUCUCCAGAUGCACGGCCCUCAAACUGGAACAUCAGCUCCACCCCCGGUAUCCAGCUGCACGGCCCUCAAACUGGAACUUCAGCUCCCUGCCGGGUAUCCAGCUGCACGGCCCUGAAACUGGAACAUCAGCUCCCCGCUGGGUCUCCAGGUGCACAGCCCUCAAACUGGAACAUCAGCUCCCUGCCGGGUAUCCAGCUGCACGGCCCUCAAACUGGAAUAUCAGCUCCCCGCCAGGUCUCCAGCUGCACAGCCCUCAUACUGGAACAUCAGCUCCCCACCAGAUCUCCAGCUGCACGGCUCUCAAACAGGAACAUCAGCUCCCCACAGGGUCGCCAGCUGCACGGCCCUCAACCUGCAACACUGACUCCCCACCGGGUCUCCAGAUGCAUGGCCCUCAAACUGCAACAUCAGUUCCCCCCGGGUCUCCAGCUACACCGCGUCAACCUGGAACAUCAGCUCCCUGCCGGGUCUCCAGCUCCACGGCCCUCAACCUGCAACACUGGCUCCCAAGCGGGUCUCCAGAUGCACGGCCCUCAAACUGGAACAUCAACUCCCCACUAGGUAUACAGCUGCAUGGCCUUAAACUGGAACAUCAGCUCCCCGCCCAGGUCUCCAGAUGCACGGCCCUCAAACUGGAACAUCAGCUCCCCGCCAGGUCUCCAGGUGCACGGCCCUCAAACUGGAACAUCAGCUCCCCACCAGGUCUCCAGGUGCACGGCCCUCAAACUGGAACAUCAGCUUCCCGCCAGGUCUCCAGGAGCACGGGCCUCAAACUGGAACAUCAGCUCCCCGCCAGGUCUCCAGCUGCAUGGCCCUCAAAUUGCAACAUCAGCUCCCAUCAGAGUCUCCAGCUGCAUGGCCGUGAAACUGGAACAUCAGCUCCCCCGCAGGUCUCCAGCUGCACAGACCUCAAACUUGAACAUCAGCUCCCCGCCGGGUCAUCAACUGCACGGCCCUCAAACUGGAACAUCAGCUCCACCCCUGGGUCUCCAGCAGCAUGGCCCUACAACUGGAACAUCAGCUUCCCCCCGGGUCUCCAGCUGCACAGCCCUACAACCGGAACAUCAGCUGCCUGCCGGGCCUCCAGCUGCAUGGCCCUCAAACUGGAAUAUCAGCUCCCCGCUGGGUUCAAACUAUUCCAGUUUGAGGGCCGUGCAGCUGGAGACCCGGCGGGGAGCUGAUGUUCCAGUCUGAGGGCCGUGCAGCUGGAUACCCGGUGGGGAGCUGAAGUUCCAGUUUGAGGGCCGUGAAGCUGGAGACCCAGUGGGGAGCUGAAGUUCCAGUUUGAGGGCCAUGAAGCUGGAGACCCAGUGGGGAGCUGAUGUUCCAGUUUGAGGGCCGUGCAGCUGGAGACUCGGGGGUAGCCGAUGUUGCAGUUUGAGGGCCGUGCAGCUGGAGACCCGGGUGGGAACCGAUGUUCCAGUUUGGGAGCCAUGCAGCUGGAGGCAC